AUUUAUGCAAAUGGCAAGCCGAGCCAUUUUGUGGAUGCUAGAGAUAAAGUCACUUCAAACUGGAUGAGAUAUGUUAAUUGUGCACCCAGUGAAUCUGAACAAAAUCUUGUAGCAUUUCAAUUCAAGGGCAAUAUUUAUUAUCGGUCAUACAAAACAAUAUUCCCUGGAACUGAACUGCUUUGCUGGUAUGGCAAUGAAUAUGGGAGGGAACUCGGACUUGUGCGUGACAAAAACCUACUUAUCAGACCUAAACUUGUAAAUGGACAAGAGUGCUUUUCCUGUGUGUAUUGUAAAUCAUCAUUUACCACUGCAGUUUAUAAUGUUAGACAUCUCCUUCGCAUGCAUGGUAGAAACAAACUCUCUCAAACUGAUAUUCAAGUGCUUGAUGCAUGGCUGCGAAAAAAUGAUGCAGAGGAAUAUUCUAAAGAAAGGCAGAAAAAACGUUAUAUUGGUGUAAAAAAUCACUCUGAACAACCUACAAAACCAAAUAAAAAUUUUCAGUAUGAAGGUCCACAUCAAAAUGCUGAAGAAAAAUUGUGGAAGGAAAAUAAUCUUUAUUGUACAAAUAGUAAAAGUGCAGUAUAUAAAAGUAAACAUGAGGGAGAGAAAUGUUAUAAAUGUGAUGUUUGUGAUUAUGCAUGUAAUACAAGUGGUUAUCUUAAGACACAUAAGAGAAUACAUACAGGAGAGAAAUGUUUUAAAUGUGAUGUAUGUGAUUAUGCAUUUAAUACAAGUAGUAAUCUAAAGACACAUAAGAGAAUACAUACAGGAGAGAAAAGUUAUAAAUGUGAUGUUUGUGAUUAUGCAAGUAUUGAUUGGGGUAAUUUACAGAAACAUAAGAGAAUACAUACAUUAGAGAAAUGUUUUAAAUGUGAUGUUUGUGAUUAUGCAUGUAAUCAAAGUGGUACUCUAAAGAGACAUAAGAGAAUACAUACAGGAGAGAAAUGUUAUAAAUGUGAUGUUUGUGAUUAUGCAUGUAAUCAAAGUUGUGCUCUAAGGAAACAUAAGAGAAUACAUACAGGAGAGAAAUGUUUUAAAUGUGAUGUUUGUGAUUAUGCAUUUAAUACAAGUAGUAAUCUAAAGACACAUAAGAGAAUACAUACAGGAGAGAAAUGUUAUAAAUGUGAUGUUUGUGAUUAUGCAAGUAAUGAUUGGGGUAAUUUACAGAGACAUAAGAGAAUACAUACAGGAGAGAAAUGUUAUAAAUGUGAUGUUUGUGAUUAUGCAUGUAAUUCAAGUGGUAAUCUAAAGACACAUAAGAGAAUACAUACAGGAGAGAAAUGUUAUAAAUGUGAUGUUUGUGAUUAUGCAAGUAAUCAUAGUUGUGCUCUAAAGACACAUAAGAGAAUACAUACAGGAGAGAAAUGUUAUAAAUGUGAUGUUUGUGAUUAUGCAUGUAAUCAAAGUGGUUAUCUAAAGACACAUAAGAGAAUACAUACAGGAGAGAAAUGUUAUAAAUGUGAUGUUUGUGAUUAUGCAAGUAAUCAAAGUGGUGCUCUAAAGACACAUAAGAAAAAACAUACAGAGAAAUUCUUAGAAAAAAUAGAAUAAGUUUAGAAUCUGACUUUAAUGAUGUUUGAUGUUGUUUUUUGGUGUGUGUUCACAAAAAGUGCCAAAAGUAGUCUACCUCAUGUUUUAGAACACAUUUAAUGAAAAUAAUGAAUCUAGAAUGAAUUUGUGUCAAAGAAUAUGUCUAAACUUUCACUGCUGCACAUUAACUUAGUCAUUUGCCUUUGAAAAA